AUGAUAUUCCCCUACUAUCUGCUGGCGGUAACCCUCGUCUCUGCCACGGAGCUUCGUCAUAACCACAGACAUCGUUCAGAGAGCAGUCUGCCCCCCAGCCAAGAUCCCUUCUACGCCAUCCCAGCAAAUAUCGCAGCCUUCUCCCCCGGCGAAAUCAUCAACUACAGAGAGCCACCUUCGCGAAUCUCUGCCUUCGGAUGGACGCCCACUCACAUCCACAAAGCCUACCAAAUCUCCUACCGAACGACAGACAGCCACCAGAAUGCCACCACAGGCAUCCUGACGGCUCUCAUCCCCCCUAAUGCCGAAUACGACAAGAUCUUAUCCCUGCAGAUGGCCGAGGACUCUGCAACAAUCGACUGCAGCCCGUCUUACACGAUGCAGGCAUCAUCCCAGAGCAGCCCCAUGCUGGCGUCCAACACCACCGCGCUCCAGCUGCUCUUCGCAGAAGCAGCCCUCGCCCAGAAAUGGAUCGUCAUCGUCCCCGACCACGAAGGCCCCAGGGGAUCCUUCACAGCAAGCAAAGUCACCGGCCACACCGUCCUCGACGGCAUCCGCGCCGCAAAGCACUCCAACCACAUCACCGGCAUCCAACGAAACGCCAGAAUCGGCCUCUGGGGCUAUUCGGGGGGAGCCGCUGCCACGCAGAUUGCCAUCACCAUGCAGGGCGCCUACGCCCCCGAGCUGAACAUUUCGGGCGUCGCCAUGGGCGGCCUUUCAAGCCUCGCGGAAGCAAGCGACAUCUUUGGCAUCAACAAGGGGCCGAGCGCGGGCUUGAUCCCCUCUGCGAUGCUUGGUCUGGCGACUCAGCACCCGGAACUCCAAAGGGCUAUUGACGAGGCGUUGCAGCCGCAGUUUCGCGACCUCUUUUACAGCCCCCUGCAUCAGUGUCUGCAGGCCAUCACGGUCUUGUUCUUCCACCGGGAUGUUCUGGGAAUGUUUCGCAACGGUUCGAUACCGGGAGUGACGGCGGAGCUCGUCAAAGCCUGGAAGGAUGAGAACAACUUUCCGCAAGCAAAGAUCAAGGCUCCCCUGUACAUUUACCAGAGCAUCAUCGACCAUCUAUCGGACAUCAACAGGAUCGACGCCGAGGUGCGCGACUACUGCCAUCAGGGCGUCAGCGUCCACUACGAAAGAGCCAACGCGACGAAUCUGAACCAUGUCAAAUAUGGCAUCGUCGGCGUGUACAAGGCGAUAUCCUGGAUGCAGGAUCGGCUGGAUGGGAAGGGGGCGUCUCGUGAGUGUGUCACUCUUACAGAUGCCACGUCGACGCUUGAUCCGCAUCUUGCCGCUCUGUUUCCGAAGAACAUCUCGGAUGCGCUCUUUGCAUUGAUCAAUGCACUAUAG